AUGGCAGAAGUAGAGAUUCUGACAUUCCAUUCCGUCUUGAAACUGGCUUCUCCAAGUGGAUUAUAUCUCGUAGGAUAUGCCUGGCUGUUUGGAAUGUCAAUCUGGGUUUCUUUCUUUGGUGGUGUGAUUGCCUUCAAGGCCUUGCCGCGACAGCAAUUUGGCGCUCUACAGCAUAAGACAUUCCCGAUCUAUUUUGUCGUUUCUAUCUUGUUAUCUUCGGGUCUAUUGGCGUCUUGGACCAAUUCCCAUCCUGAUGUCAUCACAUACAUUAGACACCCCCUUGUGGUGGAUGUCGCACAGGCGUAUACUCUAGCAUCUAUCUCGUUGGCGCAAGGAUUCAACUAUUUUGUUGUGGGUCCUCUGACCAGCAAGACUAUGUUCCAGCGUCAUAAGCUGGAAAAACAAGAAGGAAAGGUGUACAAUGAACCCGGAGUGUCUGAGGACAUGAAAACGUUGAAUAGGCGGUUUGGUUACUUGCACGGGAUUUCAUCCCUUGCAAAUCUUUAUGCCGUGAUUGCCUUGGGCUUUCAUGGAUUGUGGAUUGGAGCAGCUGGUACCGGUAUCAAGGCCACCUUUUGAAAUGGAAAGCAAUGAUAACAGUCAUUAAAACACAUGAUGGAUAAAUACAAUGUUGAUACUGCCCACUGUAAUUAUGCACCUACAGACUCUAUCUCUGGCAUGUAUCCCUCCCUAAGACUCCUCUCCAGCUUCCGAAUCUCAUCUAUGCUUGAAGCU